AUGGUGUUCAUCAACGGCUUCAGCUUCACGGAAGCGACGCUCGUGAAGCGAUCCCUCGAAUCUUUCUUUGGCAUCGGGCCCUCGGUCUCGCAGCGCAUUAUGGCGAAAUUCUAUAUCCACCCGUGGGCGAAGGUCGGCAGCUUGAAAAACGCCACCGUCAUGGAUCUGACCGCGGAACUGGCCAACAUGAAGAUUGAGAACGAUUUACGGCGGCAAGUGCAGGACGACAUCCGGAGAUUGAGGGAUAUGGGCACAUAUCGUGGAAGGAGACACGCUAUGGGCUUGCCCGUGAGGGGCCAGAAGACAAGGACACAGAUUGCUACUGCGCGACGGUUGAACAAGAUGGAGCGAGGCGGUAGUGGAAGAGUGGGGCUGUAA